UUACCUGAUAGGCAUUUAUUAACGUCAAUGUAGAACCUUUUUUGUCACUAUUAAAAGACCAUUAUUUUUAUCAAAUUUAAAUAAAACACGUCAAAAUCAUGCCGUGUAAACCGAAAAAACCGUUUCUUAUAUCACCCAUUGGUAUUGGAAUUAUAUUACUCAUAUGCGCUCUCGUUGCAAUUGUUCAAAAUAAAGCCCUGAUGCAAGGAGCAAAAGACCAAGAGGAAAAAGAUAAAGAAAAUAAGGAGAAUGAGGGUGGCGGUGAUAACAAACCUCCACCAGAAAAAGAAGAACCAGAAAAAGAACCAGAAGAAGAAGCAGAAGAGGCAAAUGAAGAGGAAGGCUAGUUUUUUGAAGUAAAUUUAAAUGUGUCCGUAUGUAAUUAGCUUUUAGUAAACAAAUCUUUUUAUGAAAUUUAAAUAUAUUACCUUUAUUAAA